GUAGCAUUUGCUCACUGUCUACCACGCACGCAUGCAUGCAGGAUUCUGCAUUCCACAGUACUCGUCAUAUUCGAUAGUUCGGUUCGCCUGCACGCCCCUUGCCACAUGAUCAAUAGACAGCUUAAGACAAGCGCGUUUACCAAGGUCCGAUACCUUACCGUCGGUCCGGUGGAUUACCCUCAAGUGGGUGCCGCAACGACUGCAGAAACCAGACAACAAAAUUGGCGAGUUGCGAGAUAGGCAAAUCGUUGCGGGUCUAACCAUUUGUUGUUAUCACAAGCUGCUGUCAUGUCUGCCUCAACAGAGCGAGAUGCCGAGAGCCUGGCGUCGCCGGUCUCAACCACAUACGAUGCCAUGGAGAAGCACUGGCAGACGCCAGACAAGAUCAUCGAGUCGUCGUCCCCAGCACCACCCGAGGUCAAGCCGCCGCGCACGAUACCCAAUGGCGGACUGCAAGCAUGGCUUCAGGUCGUCGGGGCCUUCUUUCUGUACUUCAACACAUGGGGCCUCCUCUCCAGCUACGGCACCUUCCAGGCGUACUACGAGACGGACCUGCUGAGGGACUACACCGCCUUCGAGAUCUCGACCAUCGGCUCCGUGCAGAGCUUCCUGCUCGUCUUCCUCGGCUUCGUGACGGGGCCCAUCUACGAUGCGGGCUACUACCGCUACCUGCUGGCCGCGGGCUCGCUGCUCGUCGUCUUCGGCACCCUGAUGCAGAGCAUCUGCUCCGAGUUCUGGCAGCUCCUCCUCGCGCAGGGCUUCUGCAUCGGCAUCGGCUGCGGGUGCCUCUCCAUCAUGUCGGUCGCCAUCACGGCGUACUGGUUUAGCACCAGGCUCCCCAUCGCGAACGGCAUUGCUGCCUGCGGGAGCGGCGUCGGAGGUGUCGUCUUCCCAAUCGUCGUCAAGAACCUCCUACCGACCAUCGGCUUCGGGUGGACCGUCCGCGCCGUCGCCCUGAUCGUCCUGGUCACGCUGGUCAUCUGCAACGCCGUCCUGCGCGGGCCGGGCGCGUCGGCCAAGCGCCGGGCCUUUGUGCACCGGGAGUCGCUCACCGACUGGCCCUACGUGGCGCUCAUCUUUGCGUACCUAACCGUCUUCCUGGGCCUGUACACGCCCUUCUUCUACGUCGAGAGCUUCGCGGCGGGCACGGGCAUCGCGUCCGAGACCACGGCGUUCUACCUGCUGGCGGUCGUGAACCUGGCCUCCAUAUUCGGCCGCAUCAUCCCCAACAUCCACCUGGCCGGCAUGAUGGGGCCGAUGAACAUGAUCAUCCUGACCACCGCGAUCCUCUGCGUGACGGCCCUGGGCUUCAUCGGCGUCAAGGACGUGGCUGGCGUCUUUGUCGUGGCGAUCGUGUACGGUUUCUUUACUGGGACGUUCUUUGCCCUGCAGCCCACGAUCUUUGUGCGGCUGACGGAAGAUAUGAGCGUUAUGGGGACGCGGUUCGGCAUGGCCUUCUCGAUCAUGUCGUUUGGGCUGCUGAUUGGCAGUCCGAUCAGUGGGGUGCUGCAGCGAUCGUUUGGGUCGUACAAUGCCAGUUGGGUCUGGGCGGCAAUUACUGUGGCUUGCGGGUCAGUCCUGCUCACCUUCUCGAGGACGCUCAAGGUUGGACCACGGUUGGCCAUUAAGAUAUGAUAUGAUGCCCAAGUGCCUUAGCAUAGAUUGUAAAUUUGGAGUUUGGUUGCACAGAAUUUAUUUAUGACUAUACCUCUGCACUGCAGGCUUCAAAGUGAUCAGUGCUAUUAGAUCUCAACAUUCAAAGUCAUUCUCUCG